AUGGACUCCCCGGGCGAACGGCCUGCUGAUGACGGGAUACAAAGGGAGCAGACCCAGGGCGAGUCAGAGAAUGACACCCUCAAAUACUCUCUGCUAGGACCCUCGUUAACAAAAGCGGGCCAGGACGCCGUGGAUCAGCAGAAGGUCUCAGAGAUCAUAUAUAAUGCUUCUAAAGGAUCCAAGUUCUUCAACCGCGAGCAGGAACGCGACCGGAACCUCACGGUCAAGAUCGAACGGAUCCGAAAAGAAAAGGCACGUUUGGAGCAGCUGGACCUGAGCCACGACUUGCGCAGAGCGGAUGAAUUUCUGGCCGAACUGGAGUUGACGCGAGAUCUCUCUCAACAUGUCAUUCAUGUCGAUUGCGACGCGUUUUUCGCCGCGGUCGAGGAGCUGGACCGGCCGGAACUGAAGACAGUCCCGAUGGCCGUGGGCAAAGGCGUCUUAACGACGUGUAACUAUCUCGCCAGGAAGUUCGGAGUCCGCAGUGGCAUGGCAUCUUUUGUUGCCAAGAAGCUGUGCCCGCAGCUGGUUCUUUUACCGCAGAAUUACGAGAAAUAUACAGCCAAGGCGAAGGAGAUUCGCGCGAUCAUGGCCCAUGCGAGUAUCGACGAGGCCUAUCUGAACAUCACCUCUUAUUGCUCUGAAAAUGAGUUAGACCCGGAGGAAACGGUCCAGCGGAUGCGCACCGAGAUCUUGGAGAACACCAAGGUGUCUGUUUCGGCGGGGAUCGCGGCCAAUGCGAAGCUGGCGAAGAUUGCAUCAAAUCAAAACAAGCCCAAUGGUCAAUUUCGGAUCCCGAAUGAUCGAGAGGCAAUCAUGGAAUUCAUGCGGGAUUUGCCGGUCCGCAAAGUGAACGGGGUUGGCCGCGUCUUUGAACGCGAACUGGAGUCGAUUGGCAUCAAAAAUUGUGGAGAUAUUUACCCGCAACGAGCCCUGUUGACCAAGCUGUUCGGGGAGAAGGCCUUCCAAUUCCUUGCACAGUGUUACCUCGGCCUCGGCCGCACCAAGAUCCAGCCUGUCGAGAACUACGAGCGAAAAAGUGUGGGGACGGAGACAACAUUCCAUGAAAUUGGGGAUAAAGAGGAACUGCGGGCGAAGCUCUGGUGGACGGCACAGGAACUGGAGAAGGAUAUGGCCCGAACCCAGUUCAAGGGACGCACUUUGGUCUUGAAAGUAAAGCUCCACACGUUCGAGGUCUUAACCCGACAGACAGCACCACCUCGGGCUGUAUUCCAGGCAAAAGAUCUGUACGAUUUUGCGUUGCCCAUGUUGGCGAAGCUGGAAAAGGACAUUCCUGACAUGAAGCUGCGGCUUCUCGGUCUCCGGUGCACGCAUUUGGUCAGCACCAAGAAAGCGGGCAUCAACUUCUUCGGUGCCGCGGCGCAACCGAAGUUGAACGUGUCUUCUGCCGUGCAUGCUAAUCCUGAACAUGACAUCGGGGCCGAGGAGGCCUUUGAGGAGGCGGCGCGUCAAGAGGUCCAGGAUGAGAUGAAUGAAUUGGAGAAGCUGAGCCAAGAGGCCCCCGAUCUCCCCGAAGAAACCAAUCAAAUCACUACUACUUGGGACUGUCCAAUCUGUGCGAGACCGCAGGUUGCCGACGACCGGGUCUUCAAUGACCAUGUGGACUUUUGUCUCUCGCGGCAGACCAUCCGGGAGGUUGUCCAGGAUACCACGCAGGGGGUACCCGCCCCAGGGCGCAAACGAAAGACAGCGUCUCAGUCUGGACCCGAGGGCGAUCUACGGCAAAAGCGACUAUUUUUCCAAUAG